AUGAAAAAUAAAAAAAAAUUUCCUAAGUCAGCUUAUUAGAGGGAAAGAUUAAAGUCCUUAUAGAAAAAAUGGAGUUAAAAACACUCCAACAUUUAUGCACCAUAGAAUGAAAGAGAAUAAGAAUUAAGAAUACCAUUAAUUUAAGUACUUUUUAAUAUGCCACUACUAAAUUAAAGCUUAUAGAAUUUAGUGAAAUCUUAACUGUUAUCUUUAUCCUGUAGAUUGGCUAUUGAUUAAGUCUUAUUGAGAAUAUAGAAAAUUUUGAUAACACAUUUUAAAUCUAGAUAUUAAACCAGAAAAUAUUAUAUCAUAAAAAUAAUACAAAUGAAUUUAAAAGACUAACUUCUCUCCCCUGGAUAUAUUAAACUCAUCAAUUUAGAUUAUAUACAUUUAUUCAAUCAUCAAACUGUGUCUGAAGAUCAUCCCAUUAAGGAAAAUAAUUAUGGUAAUAAAGAUGAUUAGAAAGUCUAUUUUAUAUAUUAGUCUAUUUGA